GCAGAAGUGUGUGGCACAUCUUUCUCGAUUGACAUUUUAGAUACUGCAGUUAACCCUAAAAUAUUGUCAGAUUAUCAAUACCUAGACAAAAUCAAACUGUCAAGACUAUAAUUGAAUAUAAAUAACAACACGCAUGGAACGCUGUGACGACCAGAUACAAUCACAACAGGUAGAGGGCAUGCAGUGCGGGACCUUGGGACUAGCUAAGCUAACAACAACAGAGCGAAUGUUUACUUUGUACCGAGGCACAGAGGUAGACACAGGUAGAAACUUACCUUAUACAGGACAACUCUCAGGUGUGAUUUGGGUGCUACCAUCUAUAAUGGAUAACUCUACUGAUGACUACAGGAUCCAGUCAUUUGAUCUGGACACACAGAUGUUGCUGAAAACAGCCUUGAAAGAUCCAAGUUCAGUGAACCUGGAGAAGGUAUCCAGUAUCAUCGUGGAUCAGUCUUUAAAGGACCAGGUGUUCAGCAAAGAGGCUGGACGCAUCUGCUACACCAUUGUGCAGGCAGAGGCCAAGCAGAACAAUGGGAAUGUGUUCAGGAGGAACUUGUUGAACCGGCUCCAGCAGGAGUUCAAGGGCCGCGAGGAGACGAGGGGGCGUUCGCUGCAGGAGUGGGUGUGCUAUGUCACAUUCAUCUGUAACAUCUUUGACUACCUCAAAUCUUGCACUCUCUGUCAUUGCCUUGACAUUCAGGUGAACAACAUGCCGAUGGUGGCCCUGGUCCAUCCUGUGUUUGACUGUCUGAUUAGGCUGGCCCAACCAGAUGCUCUAAUGAAUGAGGAGGAGGUGGACUGCCUGGUGCUGCAGCUGCAUCGCAUCGGAGAGCAGCUGGAGAAGGUGAACAGCCAGCGGAUGGACGAGCUGUUCUUCCUCCUCCGGGACGGCUUCCUGCUCCAGGAGGGCCUUACCUCCAUGGCCCGUCUGCUGCUGCUGGAGAUCCUGGAGUUCAGGGCUGGAGGCUGGAUGCUCAGCAGCACCGCCCACAAGUACUACUACAGUGAAAUUGCUGACUAGGAUUGCUGCAAGGACAAGGGUGCUGAGCAGCUGCUUUGCAGGUGCGUUAGCCAACCUUCAAGCACCUUGGAUACCUCUCCUUAGUCACCACUGAUUAUAAAACCAGCAAUUUCAUGACGGACAGCAACAUCAUUCAGGAAAUCAGUGGAGGGUUUUGUGAAGAUGGCGGAUCAUAAACUGUAAAAAGACUUUGAUUUUGCUGGAUUGUUCCCUGUGUUUGAUAAUAUUUACUGAGACAUGGUGCCGUGGAUGUGGAACGUGCAAUAGUUCAGAAGAAGUUGAAGUUAAUGAGGUUUAGCCACAUUCAGGUACACUUUGUUUAAAAGGAGUUUGUUUUAAAGUUUGGUUACAGAUAAAGAAGCUAAAGAUAAUUUUUUUUUUUUUUUAACUUGCAGUCAUUCCUGUUUUGAGAAAAUAUUUCAAAGUCCAACUUAUUUUUUACUAAAUCCAAAGGGCUUGAAACAGACAUUCCGGUCAGAAGCAAGCUGAUUUGGUCUUUGUUUUACUUUUUAUUGUUGCGUGACCAACGUUCUAAUUUAAUUAAAAAAUCAAUAUUUGAAUUAUUUAGUUAAAUAUUUUAGCAUAGAACUGAACUUUUACAAAAGGUUUGAGAUGCAGUUCAGAGGAAUUUUCUGCCUAGUUUGUCCUGUAGGACUCCUGUGUUACAGUUUCAUUACAUUUCGUUAUGUGAGGCCGUUUUGUCAGAUGAAGCAUUGUGUCUUAAUUCAGGGAUCUUCUUUUCUUUUUCUUUUUUUUUUCUUUUUUUUUUUGUUUUGUUACAGCUCAGCAUAGGAAUAAGAGACCAAGAGAUUGAUUACAGUUCAUAUUUAAACUUUGUUUCUACAGAUAAAUCAGAUAUUUAAUACAUUUCUAGAUUCACAAGUUUUGUUUGCUAAACAAGUCGUGCCAAUAUAACAAGAACAGCUUUAUCCAAUACAGGGGACUCAACGAGGUCUCCGCUCUUAAUUUGUAGUUGAGAUGCAUUGUUGAUGACAGUGGUGGGGGAAGUACUCAGAUCAUUUACUUAAGUAAAAUUAGCAAUACCACAGAAUAGAAAUAAUGUUACAAGUCAAAGUCCUGUAUUCAGUAAUGUACUGAAGUAAAAGUACCAAAGUAUUAGCAUCAAAAUACAGAAAGUAAAAGUACUCAUUAUGCUGAAUGACUCCUUUCAGAAUCAUAUUAUUGGAUUAUAAUUAUUGAUGCAUAAUUGCAUCAUAAUUUGUAUUAUUCAUCUGAAUCGGCAAAGUAGCUAGUAACUGAAGUUAUCGAAUAAAUGUAGUGGGGUAAAACAGUAUAAUAUUUCCCUCUGAAUUGUAAUGGAGUAGAAGUAUAAAGUAGCAGAAAACGAGAGCACUCAAGUAAAGUACCUCAAAAUUGUGCUUAAGUAAAUGUGCUUAGAUACUAUCCACCACUGCUGGAGGAGUAGGUAUUUUCCUCCCUUCACAUAUAUGCAGGUCAGUUAUGAGUAUAAAUAAAGCAAAUAGAAAACUAUGGUUCCUUUUGAAUUCAGGCUCCACCAGAACUAGAAACAUUAUGUAGCUCAGUUUUACAUUGGAGUCUGUUGUUGAUACUUUGUUGAUGCUCAGUGACGGCUUUACAACCAAAGCUGUGCCUUGGAAUCAGACAGACACAAGCAUAGGACACACAUCAUGUGUUUCAAAAUAUUACAUCUCUUUGAAAUGCUUCCGAAAUACAGCGUUACCCUAGCGUUACCUAGCGUUAAUAUAAAAUUGGCUUUAACAGCAGUCAGACAAAUCAACCUCUGAUCGAUUCAGAGAAUUAAUCCUCAAUGUUAGAAAUGAGAAGAAUUGAAUUAAAAGCCCAGCUGUGGUCAGGAUUUAGAAAAUGUAUUAUAUCUCCCAAAAUCCCCUUUUCUGUUUGAAGCUUUAGUGUUUGUCACCACAUUCAGACCAUGCUGACAAACCAAACUGAGGCAAAUAGGUUUAAUGAUGUAUUAAACUGAUCCUGAAGAGUUAAAUUAGGAAUCACUAAGUUUGAAUGCUGUAGACACAAGUAGUCCCUUAGUGACAGGGCACAGUCUGCCUGCAAUACAUGUUUAUAUAUUUUAUUACACUAUUGCAACAUUUUUACAUUACUCAGUUCCAUUUUUUAUGGUUGGGUUGUACAUUUAAUGCAAUUGUAUUUGUUCUAAUAAAUCUUGGACAUUUUUCCUUAA